AUGGCGGAACAUCAUAUCGUUCCAGGCGGCAAUACAGCUGCAUCAAUGACCCCACCUGCCAGCGCCGACGGAGAAAAGAUGCAUCCUCAUAGCCUCAAUUCUUCCUCUACGUCGCCUCGUCCUUCCAUUGAGGAUGACGGUACUUCUCCCAUCAUGGACGAUAUCCAUCCCGAUCAUUAUUAUGAGGGUGGGAGAGUACCGGUCUUCAAGCCGACCAUGGAUCAGUUUCGAGACUUCAGGGCCUUCGUUCGUAGUAUCGACAAGUACGGCAUGAAGUCCGGGAUUGUCAAAGUGAUUCCACCGAAGGAGUGGACGGAGUCCCUUCCCGCCCUAGAUGAAGCCGUCAAGACGAUCCGCAUCAAGAACCCCAUCGUCCAAGAAUUCACAGGGUCUCACGGAACCUUUACCCAGGCGAAUAUUGAGAAACAGCGGUCAUAUAACCUGCCACAGUGGAAGGCUCUGUGUGAAGAGAUUAGCCACCAGCCUCCAGCUCGGCGCGGAGAGAGACGCUGGACUCAGGGAAAACCCCGCGGAACAGCCAGAGGACAAUCUAACAAGCCUGAAGCCCAGAAACGCAAAUUAGCUCCAAACAAGCGUAAACCCAGUGAGGAAUUACCCGAAAACCAGGAUGAUGGUGAUGGAUCUAAGCCGGAAAGUCCACCCACCCCAGUGUCUCCAGAGUCCAAGCCCGUCAAAGCCAAAUCCGAGGAAUUAAGUGAUGGAGAGCCGUUGCCAGCCCCCAAGCCAAAGGGCAGACAACCCAAGUCUGUCUCUGCUCGUCGGAAAAACAACCGGGAUGAGCAUGAUGACUACAUUGAUGAAGAAGCUUUCAUCGAUUUUGACUAUCAUCUCUCCAGUAACGAAGAGUUCACCGCCGAAAGGUGUGAGGAACUCGAAACCGCUUAUUGGAAAUCUCUUAUGUAUAACAACCCCAUGUACGGUGCUGAUAUGCCAGGUUCUUUGUUUGAUGACGCCGUCACUUCAUGGAACGUUGCCAACCUGCCCAACCUGCUGGAUGUCCUUGGCCAGAAAGUCCCCGGGGUGAACACUGCAUAUGUCUACCUUGGCAUGUGGAAGGCCACCUUUGCUUGGCAUCUUGAAGAUGUUGACCUGUACAGUAUUAACUACAUCCACUUUGGCGCUCCGAAGCAGUGGUACAGCAUUUCGCAGGAGGAUCUCCCACGGUUCGAAGCAGCAAUGCGAAGCAUUUGGCCGACCGAUUCGAAGAACUGCAGCCAGUUCUUGCGUCACAAGACAUACCUCAUCUCCCCUACGGUUCUCAAGUCACAGUACGGCAUCACUGCCAACAAGCUAGUUCACUAUGAAGGCGAGUUCGUUAUCACAUUUCCUUAUGGGUAUCACUCCGGAUUCAACCUAGGCUACAAUUGCGCAGAGUCAGUCAAUUUCGCCACGGAAAGUUGGCUUGACUAUGCCCGGAUUGCCAAGAAAUGCCACUGCGAAACGGAUACCGUCUGGAUCGACGUCGAUGAGAUCGAACGAAAGCUACGAGGCGAAUCUACUCCUGAAUACUACGAUGAGAUUAGAAGUGAGCAGUAUGAAGGUGCCUCAGACCUUCUUACCCCGCCUAGGAGCGUUCCGGAAAAGUCCUCAAGGCCCAGGAAAAGGAAAGUCGAUGGUGUUGAAUCCAAAUCCAAACGCGCUAGGUUACAUUUGGAUUCUCCAAGGAAACCUCCAUGUGUUCUGUGCCCAAAUAGUAUGGAUUACGAGGAACUUUUGGCUACCGAAGGUGGCUUGUCGCAAGCACACAGACGCUGCGCGUUGUUCAUCGAAGAAACCUCCAUCCUCAAGGACGACUUAGGUCGCGAAAUCGUUUGUGAUAUCGACAAGAUCCCCAAGGCUCGAAUGGGCUUGAAAUGCUUGUUCUGUCGCGAGGUAAAGGGUGCUUGCUUCCAGUGCAUGUACGGAAAGUGUGCGAGAGCGUAUCAUCCAACAUGCGCGUUACUUGCUGGCGUACAGGUAGAAUUUGGCGAGACUGCAGUUAUUGCUGAUGACGGCCACGAGUACUCGGUUCCGGCCAUUGAUCUGAAAUGCAAAUAUCAUCGUCAGAAGCGCUUUGGCUCACUGCCCUCACAGCCUCUCGAUACAGACUCCAAAGUUAUGGAGACGGCGCUCAAGUUAAAACCUGGAGAUUUGAUGCAGUUUCAAGCUGAUAAGGAGAUCAAUGGAGCUGUUGUGUUGGAGAAUCGCCCAUCGGAGCGCUCGUUGAUGUUGAAAGUGCUUCCAAGAGGUGAUGUGAUUGAACUUCCAUACCGUUGGACCUUAAUAGUUAAAAAGUCGAAUUUCCCGCCACUACCUCCGAACAUCGUACCGCUUCCCCCUCAUCUAUCUCGAAAGCCCGAUUCGAGAAACGAUUCGAACUCUUCCAUGCCUUCUCACGGCAUGAUAUUUGGCGAUACCUCUUCGGGCUACCGCUGGGAGGACUUUGUUUGCGAACAACCACCAUUUAAUCCGGAUACGUGUACAGUUGACCUGGCCAAACCGGAAACACUAUGGUAUUAUCUUGGCAAGACCUCCACGGACUGUCGUGCCCAGUAUACCCAUAAUAUGGAUAUUCCAAUUCAUAAUUCUAGGUCUAAUUUCCUUGAGAGUGUAAGAACACUUAGAGCACCCACUGCUCCAGCUAAGCCCGGCCGUCCUCCUAUCUAUAACUCGAGCCCAGUGAUUUCCAGAGCCCCUUCCGUGACCCGGCCGCUUCUAGGACCAACAACCACACAGGCAGCAACGACGACGGUAGUAACGACAAGAGCGGCGUCCCCGGCAAAGUCUCAUGCUUCCAAUGCACAGACAAAUGACAAGCUCCCAGUGUGGAGUCCAAGCGACAGUGCAAUGAAAUCUACAAUGGCUCGCCGGCUUAUUGCUUCUAUUACUGAACAUGCCAAUGUAACUGCUGGAUAUACUAUUGUGAAUCCUGACUUUGUGGUGCAGACGCUUCUAGGAGAUGAUACCUCGCCCAUCCCAAAGAACGGCUUGGAAAAGCUCAGAACCUCCAUGUCCGAAUCGCAGGUCCCUGUCCGAUCCGUAGAUGGCACCCUCUCCUACCAACCGCUAAACAUGGAGGGCGACGACGUCGAUCAUCUCAUCCGCAUGCUUCGAUUCGCCGUGAGCAGCCUCACCAGCGUCGUUAACGUACCGGAGAAACCCAAGGCCCCGGAACAGCAGCGGAUAAUAGCACAAGAGCCUGCAAAGGUCCUCGAGCUCCAACCCCAAGAACCCGCCGCCCCAUCCAUCACCGGAAGAUGGACAUUCCUGGAAAUGCAGCGCCGUCAAACCCCGUCCGUCUACUGCUCGCCAUAUGCACCAGGUUUUGGGUUUUCGGAUUAUGCCAAGGAGGAAUAUGGACUAGUAGGAACUCCGCAAUCAUCUCGAAAAGAGCCUUUAGCAGCGGACUAUUUUGCUAAGCUAUCACCAGAAGACCAGGAAAAGAUAGUCCAGGCAUGCGGGCCGGUUCCCCCCGCCUCGGAAAGCUUCUCAACCCUGGAUGACUCGAUCAUAGCAACUCAUGGCCCUGAAAACCAGAACCUCCUAUUCCCUACGACAGAAAUUACCGCGCCUAAUACCUCCGCGGCCAUGAUCCCUGAUAACCACCUCCAUCCCCUAUCCGUUUUCGAUAUGACCCUUCGCGCCGACUCACCUGCUUCGAGUUUCAACCGUGUCCCACUCCACUACCAGUCUCCUCAGGAGUUCGGGAGCCACAUAGACCACGAAUCCUCACUGCUCCCGCGCCACCUCAACGACCACCACGAUCUCUUCGGUGAUCAGCAGGCAAACACACGGUUUUGGCAGAGGAGCGUGCCGUGGAACGAUGUUGAUACUCAGUCCCAUGGUGACGAGCAUAGGCCAUUUUUCGGGCCCCAUCUCCGUCCCCCAGGACAUGAGUAUGCUUCGUCGGAAAUGGAAUUUGGCAAGGGUCCUGGGUCGCUUCAUUCAAUGGAUAUGGCUGGAUUUGGUUUUGAUGGGCCAGAUGAUCUCUUACCGGAGCCCAGUCCAUAG